AUGGCUACUAUCAUGGGUCAUCAACCCCAAGUCCACCGUGCCACUAACGAGACCCUGGUCUCUCCAAGGCCCGAGGCCAGCCAGGAUGUUAAUUUCAUCGAGCCCAAUUCUGAUACACGUCCCUCUUCAAUCCCCUCUCCCUCUCCGUCAUCUCGAGGGAUUCUUCAAGAGCUUUCAGCUGAUCAAAUUCAUAACAAGAGUCUUGCUUGGAACUCGUCUCGAAGGGAGAACAACCAAAACCAGAAAUUGUACUUGAAGACCGGUCCUAUCAAUCUGCCGACAAAGACAAUCACAUCUCGAGGGCCACGGCGCUCACUCGUUGAUUCCGACAGCUUCGAACUCCUCGAUGCGGUUCCUGAAGAAUCAAUUGAAUCCAGCGACUCUGAUACUGCACCCAGUGGGCCUUCAGCUUUAACUUCACACAAGCUACCUUCUCCAGGAACCACAGUCUAUUCACACCCGUUGUUGAAUGCAGAGCCUCAAAUUGGGCACAACUUAGAGAGUCAUCUAGCAGGUCAGUUUGAAUGGCUCGUGGCGUUUCCAGUGCCAGCAAGUACCUCCAAGGACCAUGGCUCUUCGGACGACAGUGAGAACGAUCGCCACGACGUCGAGUUAGCGGUUCAUGGCUGCACUUUGCUGUCACGACGUCCGGGUCCCGCCGGCAAUUCCAAAGCUGACGUCUUCAAUCUCCUAGCCACACCAUUGAUUGCUGAGGAGUAUCUGGCUUUGGGAUUUGAUCCUUCUCAAGUUAAGAUGGCACUGCCUCCGCCUCCAGCAUAUGAGCUUCAUCAGAAUGUCCCACUUAAGAUUCCCGAGGUCGUCGAGACGGUAGAGCCUGUUUCGCCUUCUCUUACUUUGAUUAGUGAGAGAGGCAGUAGUUACGCAGGUUCUUCUAGGACCGGAUCCUUCUCGGUGCCCCGAAUCGAGGACUCUUUCGAGGAACUUGAUAAACUUGAGGAUGAGCUCGAAGCCAUCAAGGCUUUCACCCAGCCACAACGCAUUCCUGUGCCUGAGAAUACUGUACCCAGUAACAAGCAUCUCGAACCACCCUCCACGGGUAAGAAGCCGACCGUUUCGAAGAGAGCAUCAGUCAUCGGCAUGUCUUCCACAGUCCGCAUCAACCAGACUGAAAGACCACAGCUUCCUCUUCGACGAUCAACCUCUCUGGUAUUUAGAGACAAGAAGCAGGACGACUCCGACAUCAUCCCGAAUUCAAAACCACAGACUGCUGCACGCGGAAAGCUGACCAACUCUCACUCCGCACCGUUGAAGGCGCCUGUGAAGUCUACAAAGCCUCCUACUGUUCCCAAGUUUGAGCUUCCUGGUGAGGCUGUUUCUCGACGCCUGAAGGAACAGCGCGAAGCUCGUCGAGCCCAACAGGCUGAGGCUCAGAAAGCUUAUGCGCCUCCUCCGAGACCAAAGUCUAGUAAGCCACUUACCAAGCCGAACUUCGAGCUUCCAGGAGAGGCGAUCUCUCGCCGUAAGCGUGAGGAGCGUGAGGCCCGGCUCAAGGCACAAGAAGAAGAGGAACAAAGAAACGGGAGUUCAAAGCGAGGCCUUCUUGCUCGACAAGGCAAGCUCCCGCAAGACGAGGCAACUAAGACAUCAACCUCAACCAAAUUAAAGCGUAUGUCAAUGCAGGGCCCACGACCACCCACCAUGUCGGAGGCUCCGGCUACCCAGAGUCGAGGUCGCCUUUCCACUGCAACAUCACGAGAAGAUCUUAGCCGGGCUACCUCAACUUCUACAGGAAGCGGCGGUGGAAAGCGAACUACACUCACUGCAGAAGAGGCUUAUCAACUGAGACUUCGUGGGAAGGAGAUUUUCCAGCGGGACAACACAAGCUUCACACGAGACAGAGAGCGUGAGAGGCGCGAACGUGAAGAAGCAACACGCCUUGCUCGUGAGCAGGCUGCGGAGCGCUCUAGAAUUGCGAGUCGGGAAUGGGCAGAGAAGAAACGACGUAAGGAGUUGGCCAUGCUGGAGUCCCUUAAGGGACACUGA